AUGCUGGAUAUUGUGGACGCAGCCUCAAUCUUGCUUCGUUUCCAGAUGGAAGGGGUAUCAGUGGGACCGCGGUGGAAGGCGCUACUUCCAAUUGUUCUACCACAUGCUCAUGAUCAUAUACUAGCGUUCAACGAUGCGCAUAUACGCAUGGUAAUUGAAGGAUGUGAUGAAAGUACGUCCAGAAAAGACCAUUGCAGUAGCAUAUCCAGUUUUGUGAGGUUCGCUUUCGGAUUAAAAACGAUGCUGUUUAGAGGAAUUGUGUUUUUUUUAAGACGAUAUUUUAAAAAAAAUUCAGUACUGGACUUGCCAUCAUCUCGUUGACU